AAUAUUUCUCAAACUGUUUAAUCCAACCGGCGGCGAGUGGAGUCAGUCGGAGAUUUAAGGAUUUCAAAGGCGACUCAGUAGUCGUCUCUCCGAUCCCUUUACCUCGUCUAAUCUCAACUCGCUGCUUUAUCACGUCACAGCUUCGUUUAGGUUUCGCAAUCUCGCUCACAUUGGUGGGGGGAGAUGAAUCAGGGCCAACAAUCUGGCGAGGCGAAGCAUGAAGAUGAUGAUGCUGCUCUUACAGAGUUCCUUGCGUCACUGAUGGAUUACACUCCCACUAUUCCUGAUGAUUUAGUGGAGCACUACUUGGCUAAGAGUGGGUUUCAGUGCCCUGACGUACGAUUGAUAAGGCUAGUUGCUGUAGCUACACAAAAGUUUGUUGCAGAUGUUGCCAGCGACGCCCUUCAGCACUGCAAGGCUAGACCAGCACCUGUUGUGAAAGACAAAAAACAGCAAAAGGAUAAACGUUUAAUAUUGACAAUGGAAGACCUUUCCAAAGCUUUGCGUGAGUAUGGUGUGAACUUUAAGCAUCCAGAAUAUUUUGCUGAUAGCCCUUCCACCGGAAUUGAUCCUGCUACGAGGGAGGAGUAGGAACCAGCAUGAAGUCUUGACCAUAUUUUACUAGUAAGAAAUGAUCGUGUGUGAGAGAUGAGAGAUCCCUUGUUUUAUGUUAGUUUUCAGUGAAACUCCUAGUUACAUGUAUAUUCUUUUUUUUUGUUGUUUGUUUCUUGACUUGUGUCUCUCUCUUGAUAAUAAGAUUUCUGAGUUCUUGGUA